AUGUCUGAAUACACUCUUCCUCCUCUGCCUUAUGCUUACGAUGCUCUUGAGCCGUACAUCUCGGCUGAGAUCAUGACGGUGCACCACACCAAGCACCACCAGACUUACGUCAACAACCUCAACGCUGCCACCAAGGCCUAUGCCGAGGCCGAGCGUGCCAACGACGUGCGCAAGCAGAUUGAGCUCCAGAGCGCCAUCAAGUUCAACGGUGGUGGUCACAUCAACCACUCUCUGUUCUGGAAGAACCUGGCUCCACAGAGCGCUGGCGGUGGUCAGCUCAAGGAUGGUCAGCUCAAGCAGGCCAUCGAGAAGGAGUUCGGUGACGUUGAGAAGUUCAAGACUGCCUUCAACGGCACUGCUGCUGCUAUCCAGGGCUCUGGCUGGUGCUGGCUCGGUCUCUCGAAGGCUGGCCGCCUUGACAUUGUGACUGCCAAGGACCAGGACCCGCUCACUUCGCACCACCCGAUCAUUGGCUGGGACGGCUGGGAGCACGCCUGGUACCUCCAGUACAAGAACGACAAGGCCACCUACCUGAAGCAGUGGUGGAACGUUGUCAACUGGGACGAGGCUGAGAGCCGCUACGCUGAGGGCGUGAAGAAGGCUCAGCUGUAA